UGGCUGGAGGGGUGAGAACAUUCCUGGUGACGCCAUCACAUCAUGAACAAUGACAGAAGUAUGUGGGACGAGAAUCCGGGAAACUUGUGGCAGGAGAAAGGCUUCAUGUCGACGCUGCGAACAUGGACGGGGUUGGUCGCAGUCGGGUAUCCGCUUGGACUACUUGCCUGUCUUGUAGCAGGGGUGACUGGUCCCGCGCUGUUCACUUCGAAAGAUACCGUCUUCUCGACAACGGAGGGAAUCGCGACCGCAGCGACCAACUACACGUUCGAUAUCUCGCAGUACGAGAGGACGCACCAGAGCAUCUACCUCGCGAUGAGGCUCAACAUCCCCAUCCAGCUGCAGAACUCAAUGGAGCUAAACGAUCAAACGAGUUACGAAACCGAGGGAAGCUACAGGAUCUCGCUCUACGGCUCACCGCAAUCCACGCUCGGCCACGGGGGUGACGUCUGUCCUUACGGCUGCGUGUCUUGUCCUGAGGGAGACGAAGGUCUUGGGUUGACGUGCGACUUGCUCUCGGAGGACGCGACGGGAGGGGAGUCUGUCGCUUGCGAGGGCGGGGAAGAAUGGUGCUCGUGGAUGUCCCUAUACAGCGUGAACUUCGUGAAGCACAAGACGUAUUAUUGGGCGAUAGAGACAGACAACGGCAUGGACGAGUUCAUAGCAGACGCGGAUCCUAAUGCCUUCCAGGAGUGGCUUUCCGAGUUCCGCGUUGUUUUCGUUUCCAAACUGUACACGCAGUUCGAGUUGGCGUGGUACUACAGCUGGGCGUUCGUGACCCUGCUGGUCAUGUUCUUACCGCCCCGUGGGUUCUUCACGGUGGCCGUGAGGGAUGGCGUUCGAUGGAGCAAGUGGACGAGACUGCAGAAGUGGGCUACGGUGCUCCUGGUCGGGCUCUUCUUCUUCAACAACCCCUUUCUCGCCGCACAGAUUUACGGGGCUUCCCCCAAGUCGACGUUCAUCUGUUACGCCGUCGCAGAGGGCGUUUUCGUGUCCCUGCUGCUCCUUUUCCUGCUGGACAGACUGUUCGAGGCGGGCAACGCGGACAACGAGAGGGGGACCACGGGUGCUCCGGCGAGAGGGGCGGGAGUGACGCUCGCCCUCCUCCUGUGCAUCGUGUACGUAAUCAACAUGAUCGAUAUCCGGGUGUCGAGAGAUGGUAACCCAGAUCGGGUUCACAAAUACCCGUACACGUCGACUGGCACGGAGAAGAUCCUCACCGUCUUGGUCUUCGUCUACUGCUGCUGGGUGCUGCCCCUGGCCGGGCGGGCGUGGUGGUGGUGCCAGGGCCGAGAGAAGCUGCGAUCGAGCCCGCGGGCCCAGUUCGUCGUUCUCUCCUCCUUCGUGACCUUGGCGUUGCUGCUCCCGGCGAUCAUCCUGGAGUACCUGCAGCCAAGAGCACGAGGCGGACCGGCCUUCACCCUCUCCCACGGGGGCGUCAACCUCUACGUCGUGGCACUGGCGCUCCUCUGCGCCCCGACGCUCGCGAAGAAGGAGGCCACAGACAAGUCGUCUUCGUCGCCGUCAGUCUCCGGAGAAGCCGACGAUGACGUCAUCCGGACGACGAUCAACCCCAUGGCCAACCACAGGACCGUCGCCACAGUACAGGAGGAAGAGGAGGAGGAGGACGACGACGACGACGACGACGAGAGGAAGGGGGAGGAAGAGCAACGCGCCAGCAGCCACAUCUGGUCCAGAAAGAAGCCCGCCAGGGUCCAAAACUCGACCCUUUGGGAGGACGUCUGAGUGGCGGCGGGGAAGUAGCGGCCGCGCGCGGACUGGCCGUAGCGGCGCCGGCUGUAUGUAGCGGUAUGUAGCGCUUGGAGCCUACCAAGAGGGGGAGAAGGAAGCGGGGCUUCGUUUUUUACAUUUGUUCACUUGUCCUACGAGGAAGAAAGAAGUAAGUAUUUAGGUUUUAGUUAAGCCAGGGUUGUUGCCUGUGUGGCGAUUCACGCGGACGUGUUUGGUGGGCUUGUUUUCGCAACAGCGCGAGAAUACCUGCGCGUCGUCGUCAGACAGAAGUGUUGGAUAUGAUCUGUUGCUCCGAAAAAAAAAAAAGGUCGUUUUGUUUUCUCUUGAUAUUUAUAUUGUCUUGUCUUGUCUUGUUGUAAAGGAUGAUGGUGUAUGUUGCGGUAUGUACCUUGUUCUUUGUAUUUUGUGUGGUUUGUGCUUCGCGGUUGUGGCGGCGUCUGAAAGCUGGGAGAAAGGGGGGAAGCCUUCCCCCCCCCCUCCCCACCCCCACGGCACCCUCGAUUUGUUACAUGGAUUGGACGAUGCGAAAUAUUUGUGUGCUGUCACUGUCCGCGAUUUGUUGAUUGCGGACUAGAAUCGGUGAGUCGUGUGUGUGCAACGUGUUGGGGGCCGUGGCCGCUUUCAAGCGCCGAGCUUUUCGGGUGUGCGGGUGCCGUCUUAUCGGAGCCUAUAAGCGGUCGGCUUGUCGGAACAGGCAAGCGGCAAGAGAAAUUCGCCGGCAGUUCAAAGACUACUGUCAGUAACUUAAAAAGAUAAGGAUACCACGUGAAAAAUUCGCAAUGAGUUGCUUGCAGUGUUACCUAGUGGGCUGUUGCUUGAGUCAGAGAGGCGCGUUAUGCGGUCUUGAUGUAUCGCCAGCAUGUGUUAUUCGCGGUCUCUAGGAACGGAACCAGGUGGAGUUGAACGGCCGGAGCGGAGCAUAUCACCACGUUCUCUUGAGUAGCUUCGCGGUCGAGGAUGUGAGAUGUACUUCUGUGUGUCCUACCCCCUGUUUUUGAGUCCGAAACCGCCAUGGUGCUUGAUUCUCGGAAUACCCAAGGAGAGGUUUUGUAUGAGGCGCUUCUACUGGGGGUGGGUAGGGAGUGGCAGGGAGCGAGCGAGGACUGGCUAUGAACGCCUUUGGUCCGGGCGGGUAUUGGCUCGUCGAACGACGUGAUGCCGCCGAGGCAAGCGCUGUGUUGUCCCGCCUUACGGCAGAAUGUCCUGUUGUUCCAGCUGUGAACACAGCAGUGUCGAAGAGUUUUCCAACUUUCUGUGUGUUUGCUUGUAUUUUGGUGAAGGGCAGUGAACCUCGCCUCGCGCCCUGGUGGUCUUUAGAUGAAGUGGCCGAUGGGCGGGGAACAGGGAUGACGGUUACGGUUCCAGUAUGUACACGUUUCGCCCUUGACGAACCGGUCGUGAUAGGUCGCGUUGGAUGACAAAAUCGUCACCCUCUUGAUGACCCCGACGUGUUGUGCAGCACCUUGGCGCUAGUCUGGCUCCCGACGUGGCCAGGCCUGGCUUGAGUCACAUCAUGAUUAAAGGCGGUGUGGAUAACCACAAAUAGCACGUCCGAGUACAAUAAGUGCCUCAAAGUAGCAGUCCGUUGAUGGCCAUCCUUGCAGCAACCCGGCGCUACACUUUCGUGGUCUGGAGCUAGCUUAUUCAGGUGAUGCCGGCACGUGAACGGGUAGGGCCGAGUGGCACGAAUAGAUCUGCUUGUUGUAUGGAAGAAACAGGUGCAUUCAACAUCGGCGAAGGGAAGGGGGAGGGGCAGUGCGUACUACAGGUUGGGUAGGGAGGGGGGAGUACAGGACUGCAAAUCGUUUACGGGGCCAGGGUACUCGUGUGUUGGAAAAAUCUGUAUGAUGUCACAUAACGCCGAAUCGGCGGGAGACCUGGUCCAGUCCUUCUUAGAGCCGGACCAAUGUAAAAGACACGCUUAGAUUAGCAGAACAUGCCUGCUUUUGUGGCGUCCCAGACAGCCACGUGACCGACGUGCCCAAUGCUGUGCUUGUAUUCGGCGAAUGGUUGGUGAGAAGUACAAGGGGCGCGAAAAAAAGUGCGGUCGUUCUCGUGUUCUCGUCAUGAUGGACGUUAGUUACCUCGACACGGGGGAGGACAUUCAUAUUUCCUGCGAAGCGGGGUUGGAGGGCAGGGCUGGCGCGAUGGGGUUGUAAUUCUGCGAAUGUCUGACUUUCUUUUGGUAAAAUAACGCUAUUCGUUUUGUUUUUCGUAUCUCGCGCCCUGCCACGCACCCCGUUGCUUCAGGCAUUCUUCUGCAAGGAGAAUUGUGUGCUGUCUGUUGGUGCGCUGUUUGGUGGUAGUUGGUGUGCUGUUGUGUAGCCCUUCUAUUCUUUGCCAGUGCGUAUGUAAUUGUGUGGUAACUUCUUUGUCAGUGCAUACAUGUAUUUGUACGUAGGCAAAGGUCACCACUACCACUGUUGCUGUCUGUCGACGUCGACGAUUUUUCGACCGCUCGCUUUUUCCACGUUGUAGUGCGUAGUAGGCGAAUGCUGCCGUCGUUCCUUGUCUGUGUAUCACCAUCGAUGUCGAUGAACUUGUCCUUUUGUGUUGCUGUCGUUCCUGCUGCUGGUAACGGAUUCUCCCUGCGCUCAAGGACCUUGCCCGACCGGUUGUCUCGAAGAAAG